UUUUGCUUAUACGUAUACGAUCCACUUUUGUAUAAGUUUAUGAACGACUGAUAUUUUUGGCGGUAUUUGAUAUUUAACCUAACGAAGUGGUGUGUGUGUAUAUAAAUCGUCCAAAAGAAAUUCAAAAAGAACACAGAAGAUUUUUACAAAGAUGAUUAUACCGAUUAAAAAAAAUGGAGUUAUAGAAGAUUGGGCUAUCGUAGAUCUGCAAGGCGAUUUAAAAUUUGAAAGAACCGAAAAUUCAAAUAAUCAACUAAUUGGCGACCUACAUUUUACGAAAGCUGGAAUACCUAUUUUAAUUAUUGGAAUUCAUGUGCUACAUGGGAAGGAAAUAUCACUUGAAAAACCUUUAAUCGUAUUAGAAAGGCAUCGUGACAAUAUAAGAGAUGAAACAAUUGGAGAAGAAGAUCAAACUGUAAAGACGGAAUACACUGUAAAGGCUAUUGUAAGGAAGAAACUUCUAUUUAAAUCAAGACCAAAAUCUAUAGUAACUAAUAUUCCAAAACCAUGUUAACAUAUACAUUUGUAUCACUUAUGAAUUCAACUGUAUAAUGCUUAAGAAACAUUUUAAUUUCUUAUUGAUUUAACAAAAGUAAUUUUAUUAGUCCAAUUAUGUUAAUACUUAAUAAUACAAGGUUAAAAUAUAAUACUAAAUUUAGUAUUAA